AUGCCAGACAAAUCCUCGAAUCCAUUCCGUCCCUCGCCCCAGUACCCGCCCCAGGAGUAUCAUCACCAACCCUCACCAUUCUUGCCACCCCCGCAGGCACAGGGCAUGGAUCCCCGCGCCAUACCAACGGGGAGCGCCUACUCGGAUCGUCCUCCCUCUUACGAACGUGCUGCCCAUGGCCGGAAUCCAAAUUACGAGGGGUGGCAGAGCGGGCCCGUCGACUAUCACCGCGAAGGUGUCUCACCUCAGAUGUCAUAUCCGCCAUCCUAUCCUCCAGCGCAGGAGAACGGCUUCCCCUCGCAGCAGGGGUACGACCCCUCGCCGCAUCAACCUGGUCCUCAGGCCGCCCACGAUUGGACUGGACAACCACCGCCCGAGCAGAGUCCAGGUUUCUCGCUCUCAUCCAUAACCAAGAUCUUCUCGGGGUCGUCGUCCAACCCCCUCGACCCUCCGCCACCGUGUUUCAGCCGCCCGCCGCCGCACAACGUCUCCUACGAGCCGUUUCAAACGAUGGUCUCGUACGGACUGGGCAAGGAGAUCAGGGACGGGUUCACGCAGCUGCCGCCUCCGAGCAUGCUGCAGCCGCAUCCGUUCGCGAGUCAUGACAUCCAGGAAGAUGACUGGCACAGGUUCCUUUCCGACGUGAAGAAAGCCGGGGAGCUCUCCACGAGAGAGAACAUCACGGCUGCUGUUCUUCCCCUAACUAUGAACAUAGGGCUUACAGGCAUGCUCGUAUCAAAGGCAAUCAAGAACGGACAAAGUCGCAGGAAGCAAGAUCCUACGUCGAAACUCGUUGAUGUGUGGAACCACAAUGGAGGUGAUCCUGGCCAAAGGCGAUAUGCGCCUUUCGGGACACAUGGAAGCGGGCGUCCUGCCGGACGCACACCGCGGACACACCAGUUCCGAGGAUUCGCCCAGUUCUUCCGACGAAGAAACGAGAGGUCAAGGCCGCAGGUCAGACAGGCGCCCAAGAAUGCGAGAGAGACGGCAGCGGCGGAGGAGUGA